CUCAUCUAUGGUUCUGACCCCUUCGAGUUCCAUCUCACCUGUGGGAACACAAAGCCGUCCACCUGGCCACCUGUGAGGCCAGCUUGCACCUCAGUUUACCCCUACAGUAGCGGCCACGAACGAACCUUUAUGGAACAAAGUAAGCCGUGUGAUUCACUGGAGCGUAAGGGACAUACCGUUUAAUAACCUCCAUCCGUGAACAUCAUGAACCGCUUAUUAUACCCAUCUAUAACACCCCAUGGUCACCCUACAGCUCUCCACAACCCGCUGACAACCCCCGAGGGAGGACCAGCCCUGGACAACCUCACCUUCGGGAUCUAAGUAAACUAAACAUGGCUACAGACGCCGCUAGUUACUGAGUUUGGGACUUUGCUUCCUCUGCCCUCAGACCCAGAUUGUCCAGGCGCCCGCCACAGACAGCCCUCACGACACGAUACUGCCACCCCUCACACUGGCUCCAGAGUCCUACUCUGGUGACACUGGCGCUGCUGUGUUGAGUCGUGGGUGGUGGUGUAGCUGUGUUGUGAGUCGUGGGUGGUGGUGUAGCUGUGUUGUGAGUUGUGGGUGGUAGUGUAGCUGUGUUGUGAGUUGUGGGUGGUGGUGGUCUCACGAAUUAGUUAACUUACUCAAGUGUCGUCAAAUUGAUCGAGUGCCCAUUCUUAAGUGGAUCGUCUGUGAGUUGUGAUGAUGAACGUAUAGCAAAAAUAAAUAGCUGUAAUCAAAGGACUGUGAAUUACGAGGUCACUCAGAUCGCCAUCGGCUCCACCAACUACGUUACGACAAACAAGUUUAUUGUCCCAGUAUAGCGUGCGAGACCUCGGACGAGUCACAGAUCAUGCACAGCCUGAGUGUGCUCAAGGAGAACUCCUUCGUUAUCUACAGACUUAUGUUCAGGAACUUAAACUUCCCGAGGGUGCACGACUACACCUUCCUGGGGCUGGACGUGCAGCACCUCACCAUGAGCAGGACCAACAUCACCGUGGUGGAGGAGUCCUCGCUCAGGACGCUGGCACAGACCCUCGAGACCCUGGACCUCUCCUACAAUAAUUUACACACGGUCCCGACGGCAGCGUUGGAGCACCUUCAGAAUCUUUCAUUCUUGAACCUCAACUACAACAUGAUCAAGAUUCUGGGUCAGGCAGCAUUUUCAGGGUUACGGGCGUUGGAACGGCUCUCACUUUACGACAACCAGAUGCAGCACAUAGAGGAAAACGCCUUCUCGGGCACUGGAGACAAACUGUUCCGACUGAACUUGGGAAAGAACCACCUGGAGAACGUGCCCAAUCUGCAGGCGCUGACGAAGCUACAGGUGCUGACACUCAGUGACAACCGCCUCUCCGUCAUCAAGAUUGGCAGCUUCAAAGGUCUCAACAUGCUGGACAUGCUCAUGCUGGAGAACAACCAGAUACAGACACUGGAGGCGAACGUCUUCAGCGAACUCUCCAACCUUAACUCCCUGAACAUCAAGCACAACGACAUCGCCAACAUCAGCCAGCAAGCCUUCGCCGGGCUAGAAGACAACUUGGAGUGGUUGGAGUUGGGUCACAACCGCCUCGACCACAUCCCUUCACACGUCCUCCGCCCCCUCAACAACCUCCGUCAGCUCGACCUCGACUCUAACAGGAUUGUCGACCUGCCUGAGGACGCCUUCGAGGGGUACGGUGAUAGUAUCAAGUUCCUCAUGUUAAACCGGAACAACAUCAAGUUCAUCCUGCCUAUGACCUUCUUUGAGCUACACUCGCUGGAGUGGCUGAAGCUCUCGCACAACGACCUGCAGCACCUGACCGAGGACACCGUGCAGCCCGUACUGGACACCCUCACCAUGAUCGACGUCUCCAACAACCCGCUCAAGUGUACGUGUGAGAUCAUGUGGUUAAGAUCGUGGCUGAAGGAGUUUGCGUGGACGGAGACGUACAAGUCCUUCGCCCAGCACACCUGCAUCACCGAGAACAGCCGCACUGAAGACAUCCUCGAGCUGAAACCUGACGUCCUCGGCUGUCCUGAGUAUUCCGCUGACCCCAAGGCGGUGGCGAUAUCCACGCCGGUAGUGCCGGGGGUGACCGUCUUCCUCACCAUCGUGUCACUCAUGCUGUAGUUGUCUUCAGGAACACAUCAACUGCUCCAAGGGCCAGAGCUAACACAACAGCUACACUACCAUCUGCUGCAUAGACCAGUGUCAGAACAUCACAGUGGCCCAUCCCUGUGUUGGCUGUCUAAGCCAACACGGCGGUAACGCAGCCGCAGGAAAACUAGUUGAUUAACAGAACUUCCAUCGCGUGAUUCACGUAGGGUUACAAGUACCCUUAGGUCUAGGGAACCUUGAGUACUGCAUCCUAAGGCCUAGGAACUAGAAUUACACCCUAGGGUCAUAUUAUGUAGGUUCAGGGCUCUAUAGAGUCCUGGCAACGUAGGUCACUAUUACCAAAGAGUUGGCCAACAGAGUGUUUUACCUAAUAUCUUCUUGGUUUUGUAACAACUUCGGGACCUGACAACCUGGGCCCCGACUAACAACCUAAGGCCAAAACUGACAACAUAAUGACCAGACUGACAACCUAUGGCCCAGGCUGAUUACCUAUGGCCCAGACUGACUACCUAUGACCGAGACUGACAACCUAUGGCACAGACUGACAACCUAAGGCCCAGACUGACAACCUAAGGCCCAGACUGACAACCUAAUGCCCAGACUGACAACCAAAGGCCCAGACUGACAACCUAUGGCACAGACUGACAACCUAAGGCCCAGACUGACAACCUAAGGCCCAGACUGACAACCUAAAGGCCCAGACUGACUACCAAGGCCCAGACUGACUACCUAAGGCCCAGACUGACUACCUAAGGCCCAGACUGACAACACCAGGGCCCAGGGUGACAACACCAGGGCCCAGGGUGACAACACCAGGGCCCAGACUAACAACACCAGGGCCCAGGGUGACAACACCAGGGCCCAGACUAACAACACCAGGGCCCAGGGUAACAACACCAGGGCCCAGACUAACAACACCAGGGCCCAGGGUGACAACACCAGGGCCCAGACUAACAACACCAGGGCCCAGACUAACAACACCAGGGCCCAGACUAACAACACCAGGGCCCAGACUAACAACACCAGGGCCCAGGGUGACAACACCAGGGCCCAGGGUGACAACGAAGGAUCCUAGUAGUAGUAGGUACAUAACUCAAGGUCUUAUAACGUUACUUUAUCGAUAAGGUGGAGAUGAAAUUUGCAAAAUAAUAUAAGAUAAAAAUGAAAAUAAAAACACAAAAUUGAUAUUAGAGUAAACUUGGCUUUCUUUUGUUAUAAUAUAUAUAUACCAGGACCUGUGUCUGUGUGUGUGUGUGUGAUGCCAUCUUUGAACGUCUCCUAGCAUAUACCAUUAGUGUAGUGAAGAGUGGUAGGUGUUCCCAUCACACGUACUCUUUGAUUCAUCUUCAAGGCUCACGGUUAAGACUUACAGUUAUCAUGGCACAGAGUUUUACGUCCAUAGGCACACAGUAAACGUCAUCCUUCUCUUACACUCAUAAACUCACACUGUCACAUUCACACACACACACACACACACACACACACACACACACACACGGUCCAAAACACUGAUCAUAUCUUUGGAUUACAUGUUAGUGUACUGUAGGGCACACACACACAGACACACACACACACACACACACACACGCACACACACACAUCUGGUACAGUUCUAUUUCUUCCUUUGGUUUUGUUAUUUAUUACUCAAAUACUAGUUUUAAGACGCCUUAACUACCUGGCCUGCAUGUUAAGUAGAUUAAUUAAAUAUUAACCGUAAUAUACCUUGUUAAGUGUGUGUGUGAGUGUGAGUGUGAUGAGUGUGAUGAGUGUGAUUGAGUGUGAGUGUGAUUGAGUGUGAGUGUGCUUGUGAGUGUGUGCGUGUGCUUGCGUGUCAAAGGUACAUAGAAAUAAUUUUUAGCAUAAGUUAGAUUAAUGUAUUUUUUACAUCACAGUAUAUUAAGUUUUAUUACUAAGUGACUUCUUACAGUAACAAUAUGAACUAGACUUCAGCUGGUUCACAUACACCUGGGGGGAGGGACACUGCUAUCUGACAUGAACCUACCUAUCAGUGUAGUGUGACGUCAUAGGUUUAGUUAGGGUUUCAGACGACAGGUGUUGAACGGUGAGGUCACCACUUGUAGAUGUGUACCCUAGUGUUAAGAUGCCUAACCACUUCCCACAAGGUGCUUAUCCUCCCCAUGCUGUGUUUAUCCAUCCCAUGCAGUGUUUAUCCAUCCCAUGCAGUGUUUAUCCAUCCCAUGCAGUGUUUAUCCAUCCCAUGCUGUGUUUAUCCAUCCCAUGCAGUGUUUAUCCAUCCCAUGCUGUGUUUAUCCAUCCCAUGCAGUGUUUAUCCUCCCCAUGGAGUGUUUAUCCAUCCCAUGGAGUGUUUAUCCUCCCCAUGCAGUGUUUAUCCUCCCCAAGCAGUGUAUAUCCUCCCCAUGCAGUGUUUAUCCUCCCCAAGCAGUGUAUAUCCUCCCCAUGCAGUGUUUAUCCUCCCCAUGCAGUGUUUAUCCUCCCCAUGCUGUGUUUAUCCUCCCCAUGCUGUGUUUAUCCUCCCCAUGCAGUGUUUAUCUGCGCCCCCGCUAACAUGUCUUUGCUUGUUAACAUCGUCCGCUGUUAUUUACAAUAAUAAGUAGACAGCAACACCCACGACCAAACACCCGAACUUUAGUCAGUCUAAGGGUUCACAGUUGGGAUACUAAUUAUUUUUAUGCCAAAAGUUGCACCCUGAACGUAUUUUUUUUACACACACACUACGCACGCGUGCACAGUUGCACACACCCACUACGUACGCGUGCGUGCGCACACACAAAAACACCGAGUGCGCGUGCGAAACAAGCACACACGAGCGUGCACUCGCACACAAGCACGCGCACUCACCCACACGCGCACAAGCGCACAAGCACGCGCACUCACCCACACGCGCACAAGCACAAACACUCGCACACGUCCACACACGUGGUGAGAUAACAGUAUUGUGUCAUCUUUGAACUUCGUGUUUUAUAUAGACAGUGAUGGAUCAUGUGACGCGUUAUCUCAAACUAUAUUUAGACAGCCUUAAGUUAUAGCUGCUAAUGACGUCAUGACUUAUUAACCAUUCUGGUAAAUGAAGUCAUCACUACGUCACUAACCUUACUGUUCAGUGACGUCCAAUGACGAUUUGUUAGGGGUUACGAGCUUUGUAUUACCAUAUACUCCAGCCACGUCAUCUGUAUUAUAAACUGACUUUUUUACUUAUGAAUUACUUAGCAACUUCCUAGUGUAUCUAGGCUCUGUAUAGUACAGUAUAUUACCACAUAAUGUAACAAACAGAUAUUUUAUUUGCCCUUUACUUCUACUUUUGGGUUAAACACUCGACAAACUUAUUCACUUCACAAUAGCGGUCAUAAUCAACAGCUGAGUAAUGCAAGUGAUGCACAGUUUCUGUAGACGCGAUAACAGGGGCACAGGUCGCCUCGUACACAGGUGAGGUUAUAAGAGCGACACCAACCUUCCAUAAUGCCAGAAAAAUGUCCUGACCACAGUUCUUAAGAAACCCUUCAGUGACACUGUAUUCAGAGGCAACUCAAGGGAAAAAAUCGCCUGCGGGUAAGAAGUUCAGCACGUGUGGAAGGUCAGCCUGAUGAGAACACGUCGUCUGCCUCACACCCAUGUACAGUAGAACACGUCGUCUGCCUCACACCCAUGUACAGUACAUUACUUUAUUCGUACCGUAACAGUUGUUGUUGUUGUUGUUUGUGGUUUUUAUCACAUGGUUUCUUUUGCUCGUAAAUAUUGUAGUUACUUGGUCUUAAUAAAUGGCAAUACAGUGAAGAACAUAAUACUUAGCAACCUUAUUGAUUAAAACAAAUUGGGGGGGUCCCUCAACUAAGGCUCCUCAAUCCUACCCUAAGGAAAGGCACCUUAUAUAUUUGCAAUAAUUAAAGCGCCGCUGUCCACCCCCCAACUACCGGUGGGCGGUUGGGAAGCCUGUUGCUAUGUGAGUCGCUGCUCGUGUUGGUGUCAGCCUCCCUGCCUCAGUGGCUGGAUUCACACUCACAAAAUUGGACUUUUGGCUGAUCUUCUGAAAGUCUUCUGUAUUAAUGUAUUAAAAAUUUUGCACGAUU